AACAGCUGGGAGCCCGAGGAGAACAUCCUUGAUCCAAGACUCCUCCUCGCUUUCCAAAAGAAGGAACAUGAAAAAGAAGUGCAGAAUCGGAAGAGGGGCAAGCGGCCCAGGGGCAGGCCCAGGAAACACGUGGAACCAGAGAUGCCUGCAAAAACUAAGUCAAGUAGCUCCUCUUCCUCCACAUCCUCCUCUUCCUCCUCCUCUGAUGAAGAGGAUGAAAGUGACCUGGAAGCAAAGAGAGGUCCCCGCAGCAGAGAGACUCACCCGGUACCGCAGAAGAAAGCUCAGAUCCUGGUGGCGAAGCCUGAAAUGAAAGACAGUUCCAGGAAGAAGCGUGGGCGCAAACCUCUUCCCCCGGAGCAGAAAGCAGCUCGAAGGACCGUGAACCUGACAAAGGUGCUGAAAACGUCCCGGAAGGAGGUGGGCGGCAGCGCCAAGCCGAUGGGGAAGCUGCAGCCCCAGCACGGCAUGCAGGGCUCGGGCAUGGCCGUGCUGAAGGACCCGCCGGGCGCCUUGGCUGGGCUCAGUUCAGGCAGUUCGUCUGCGGAAAAUCUGCCCAACAUGAAGAGCGGCUCCGCGAGCCCAAACCGGGCCAUCAGCUGGCAGAGCUCCAUCGUGCACUACAUGAACAGGAUGUCCCAAAGCCAGAGCUCGGCAGAGACCUCACCCCUGGGCAGGCUGGCGCUCAAGUCCCAGGCAUCCAGCAAGAGCAGCUUAGGGCUGGACUUGAAAAUGAGGAACCAGAAAGGAUCUGGGGAGCUCGGGCUGAGCGUGCAGGGCCCCAAGACUGCUAAGGCUCCCAGCAGCGGUGCUGGAGGGGACCAGAAAUCGGGGUUUGCUGCGGGAGGCCAAAUGCUGCACAACGGCAGCAAGACACCGGCGAGCUC